GCUGGCUCAGUCUCGGCUCGUCUGGGCUAAAGGCAACACGGAAUUCGCGACGAAAAUCAUCAUCCCCUUCGAAAAUCCCCUCGAUCCGGAGCCCCGGGAGACGUUCUAAAGAUAGAAAACAGGAACCGUGUCGCGUGUGCCGCUCACCAAUAGUGUUUCGACAUCGUAAUAUUCACAGGUCUUUUCAGGUUCGAGAGACUGUGAUUCGAAUGAGAUCUCGCCGCUUUCGUAUCGAGAGGAGUCCGCGUACUCACGAGGGACGAGAGAAAUUUCGUCUGGCGCGUUACGAUACUCGCUUCUCUCUUCCGUGGACCGAGAUGAGGAAGAGGAAACAGGGUGCAGUACCACUGACCAACAAACAGGAGGAGAAGUUUGACGGGUUAUAAAUCGUGUUCGAAUCGAUUCGUGGUUGACAAUUCGUGAUUGACAAUUCGUGGUACGCGAAACAUCGUAUCAGGGGAUCAGGGAAACCGCGUAUCGCACAUCAGUAGAAAUUUUCGACACAUUUACUCGUUGAAGAUGAAAAGACGUUCUUGAAAAGGAUCUUCGAAUGAAUCAAGGAAAUCGAUCCAAAUUCAUCGUUAUAUAUAAAUCCGUAGCAAGAUUCAAAGAAGAUAAAUCAAUAAUAAAAUAAGAAAAAAGUGGUUUUCGCUAAAUUUGAACACGCGGAUUCAUUUAUGAAUCGAAUUUUAAAUCAACACGAGGACAAGUGAACUUUUUAACUUUUCAUACCAACGUUUGACACAUUUUCGAUCAAGUUAGUCUCGAAUGGAAUGGAUCGUUAACCCAUUGGAAACCCAUGUUAAAUCCGUAUCUUAAAUCAAUUAUUAAAUAUUAUUCGUAAAAUGUUAAUUAUAAAUAUGAUUCGAAAGUGAUUAAUUCAGGAAGAUACGAAAAUUCAUUUUUGUUCUACGAUCUUGAAUUAGUGGAUCAAUAAAAUUAAUCGAAUAAUCUGGUGAAACGCUUCAGGCACAAGUGAUUCGAUCAAACUGUGAAAGGAAAAGGAAACGAUUGCUUGGUUGAUCAAAGUUUGUUCGUUCGUUCGUUUUCUCGGCCGGAUUGAUUUCUAUCAUGGUGUAGAAAGAUUCAUCGUUGACGCGAAGUCGUCAAAUGUUUUAACUCCAAGCUUAAUAUUUCUAUAGAGGUGAAUAUUUUUCGUGGUAUUAAACUUUUGUGGAUAAAAGAUAAAUAGCAAUUGUGCUGGUGAUUUUCUUUUUAUUUUUAUUCGUCAAGAAGAGAGGAAAACAUAAGCCAACUCGAUAUGGGUUGCGAACUUGGCAAAUUGGCUACACCAAAUCAACCUACCACAGAUCCACGACUUCCGCUUACGGCAAAACAAAAAUUUACGGUUAUGGCCAGCUGGAAAGCUGUAUCCAGAAAAUUGGAGACGACUGGUGUCUUUAUGCUUAUGAGGUUAUUCGAAGAAAAUGAAGAAUUAAUACAGAUGUUCUCACGAUUUUUGGAUUUAAAAUCGAAAGAAGAACGAUUCGAUAUGGUAGAAUUAGGAAAACACGCAGAAAAAGUAAUGGGUGCUUUAGAUGAAGGUAUCAGAGGCCUUGACAACAUGGAUGAUUUUCUGACAUGUCUUCAUCAAGUCGGAGCCACGCAUACGAAGAUACCUGACUUCAAUCCACAAUAUUUUUGGAAAAUUGAACAACCAUUUCUAGAGGCUGUGAAACGAACUUUAGAAGAUCGAUAUUCGGAAAACGUGGAGAGCACCUACAAAGUGACAAUCAAAUUUAUCAUCGAGACAUUGAUUGACGGAUUCUAUAAGGCACAGAACGACAAGGCACAAACUAGUACCGCUAAAUCCUAGUCGUCUUAGU